AUGUUUUCAAUUUCGCAAAAUACAUUUGACUCUGUUAGCACAGAUUGGCUUGCUGAAAAUAUUGAUGAUACAGUUAUACCAGUUGAUGGAUCAUGGUAUAUGCCAAAUGCUAAUAAAGAUCCACAUAAAGAAUAUUUGGAUAAAAGAAUCAAAAAUGCAAGGUUUUUUGGAAUAGAUACAAUUAAAGAUAAUGAUACGACGUUACCACAUAUGUUACCAUCAGCUGAAAAAUUUGCUGAAGCUAUGGGUAAAUUGGGAAUUUCUGAAACUGAUUAUAUAAUUUGUUAUGAUGCUAUUGGAGUAUUUUCUAGCCCAAGAAUUUACUGGACUCUUAAACCUAAAGUUUAUAAAUUACCAGAAGUAAGAACUGACCUUAUAAGAACUUAUGAACAAAUAAGAAAGAAUAUUAAAGAAGGACCUGAUUCACCAAAUUAUGAACAACUAAUUGAUGCAAGACCUGAGCCAAGACCUGGAUUACCUAGUGGACAUAUGCCAUAUUCAAUAUCAUUACCUUUCGAUAAAGUGAUUGAUCCAAAAACCAAACGAACAUUAUUGGAUGAUGAUUCAUUGAAAAAAUUGAUUGAAUCAAAGUCAAUUGAUCUAGAAAAACCUAUCGUAUUAAGUUGUGGUAGCGGUAUAACUGCGUCUAUAUUAUAUGUUGCUUUAGAAAAAUUGGGAGCAAAAAAACUUUCUGUUUAUGAUGGGAGUUGGACCGAAUACGCUAAUGGAAAUGGCAAUGUUAGAUACUUUGUGAUUAUUGUAGAGAAUUGCAAAGCGGGUAUAAAUUAUAUAUAUCAAUAUAUAAUUGUAGCAUGCGAAAUUCGUAGAGUUGCCGAUUACAAUGCGCUUCAUAGACCACCACAACCAGAAUCUCAUGAAAAAAAAAAAUAUUACAAAAUUGGAAAAACAUUAGGUUCAGGAGCUUAUGCGUCAGUAAAAGAAGCAGUAAAAACAACUACAGGCCAUAAGGUUGCGAUAAAAGUUAUUCAAAAACGUAAAGUAAGAAAUCAAGAAGACAUGGUUUACAAAGAAAUGGAAAUAUUAUCCAAACUAGACCAUCCUAAUAUUGUGAAAUUUUAUGAUUGGUUCGAAUCAAGAGAUAAAUACUAUCUGGUAUUUGAACUUGCGACAGGUGGAGAAUUAUUUGAAAGAUUGAUUGAUGUUGGCAAAUUUACAGAAUCUGAUGCUAUAGAAAUUCUCAAGACUAUACUUGGAGCUGUCAAAUAUCUUCAUGAACAUAAUAUUGUACAUCGAGAUCAUGAAAACGAUAUCAUGUCCACACACUGUGGUUCUUAUGCCUAUGCAGCACCAGAAAUUCAUAAAAGAAUGACAUAUUCAAAAUCAGUAGAUCUUUGGAGUAUUGGAUUAUGUGGUUAUCCACCAUUUCGUUCAGAGGAUCAUGCAGCACUUUUUCAAGAAGUGACAACAGCACGCAUAAAAUUUGAACCACGUCAUUGGAAACAUGUUUCAGAGGAUGCCCAAGAUUUCAUUCUUGAUUUGUUAAGAUUGAAUCCAAACAAACGACCUACAGCAGAAGAAGCAUUGCACCAUAAAUGGUUGACGGGUAAAAGUACAUCAGAUAUAGAUUUGUUUGGAGAUAUUAUGGAGAAUUUCAAUGCUCGUAAAACAUUUCGUAAAGCAGUCGGGGCAGUACAAGCAGCCAAUAGACUUGAGAAGAAUAAGAAGAACAAUUCAGCUGACAACAAUACAAAAAGAUUUAGUAGUGAUUUUGAGAAAGAUGACGGAUAUUACGAUGAUAGUGAUGCUAGUGUUGAUGAUGUUAAUAAUUUAAUAAUAGAAGAAAUUUAUGAAGACAAUCAAAAAAUUGCAAUUGUAUAA